CUUCCGGGUCUCCGUAAACAGGGCGCAUACGGAAUCGCCUCCUCACAAAAAUGUCAAAAGUAACGUUUAAAAUCACGCUGACGUCGGACCCCCGGCUGCCAUACAAAGUACUCAGUGUCCCUGAGGGUACGCCGUUUACCGCAGUGUUGAAGUUUGCAGCUGAGGAGUUCAAGGUACCAGCAGCAACCAGUGCCAUCAUUACUAAUGAUGGAAUAGGAAUCAACCCCGCACAGACAGCAGGAAAUGUGUUUCUAAAGCACGGCUCGGAGCUGCGCAUUAUUCCCAGAGACAGAGUGGGAGGACGAGGAGGGCGCUGCGGCUGUACCCCCACGCCGGCGCUGUGACUCACCAGCAGCUUCCUGCAGAACACUGGAGACUCCGGGAAACACCUGGCUGUGUUUUGUAUUUAUUUCUCUGGACGGCAAUGGACAGGGACUCACGUAUUGAAACGUGUGCACACACAAACACACACACUCUAAUGUAUAAGACAUUGCCUCCAUCAUGUCUAUGAAGAUCAUCCUGUAAACAUUCUGUCGUAGAGUCGCGGUGACAUCAAGAGGGCCCAAAGAUACCGACCAGUCGAUUAAAAACACACAAAUGGAGACGGCUCAGUGUUUGUGGCGGGGACUACAAAUACGUUCUGCGUGAACAGAUAUAGCUUUUGUACCCGUCAGGUGUGACGGUAACGGCUGAAUCAUCAGUCUCAGAUGUCCGCUGCUUCACUAAGUCUAUUCUUGCUUUGCUUUCGGUUAGAGCUGUUAACACACGGAGGUUCAUAGUAUCUAGACUAAUGCACAUGCAACAAGGUUUUAUGGAGGCUUAUCAUUACGCUAAGAGUUUUUAGAAAUGCAUAAAAUCUGCAGGUUUCCCCAUUAGGCAUUCUCUUAUAUCCUGUCAGCCAAGCAUUCCUGAACCAGUUAAAAGAAUAAAUAAAUGCACCUCCCACAUGAAUUUGCUAUAUGAAACUGCUCCUCUGGUGCACAGCAGAAGGAGAAGUCCUUUAGAUCUGUCCAACUCGCAUGCAUUUUUAGAGAAACGUUACUGUUAACCGGUAGGCGAUGAGCUGCAUGGAUCUUUGCUGCCCUCUGUCGGGACAAACGUGACCUUCAGUUCGCCAAAUUCCUCACCAGCCCCCUUACACAAACAGCACCCCGUUAUGCACCAUCAUCAUCACUGUCACGUGAUUGAUAUGAGCGCGUUAACGUCUCAGCAGCACCCAAAAUAAGACGAGGUCCCGGUUCAAGAGCCCGGGUAUUAAUGUUGUCAAGGAAAUGACGAAUUAAAAUCAUUUGCUCAUC